AUGGCCGGCCUUCUCUACGUGACGAUGCAACCUAAAGCAUCGCUCUCUGCCUCCGCUUUCCACGACUGGUACAACAACGAACACGGCCCUCUGCGAUUGCGCCUCCCCUUCGUCCCCAAUGGCUUCCGCUACCGCGCCGCCGACGCCGCCACCCCCGAAUGGCUGGCGUUCUACGAUAUCAGCGACAUGAGCGAGCUCACAAAGGAAACAUAUCUCGCGCUUCGUGGCGACGGCAUCCGCACACAGCGCGAAAAGGACGUGAUGGCGCAGAUCGACGUCGGGCGGAAACUGUACGAUUUCCUCUCGGAGCGGAAAAUCGACGGUUACAAACCGGUCGAUGCAUUGCCGGAUCCCGAGGCCGCGGGCAUCGUGGCGCUUUCUGUGACUAUGACUGUUCAGCCUGAGCAGGAGGAGGAGUUCAACCGCUGGUACGAGGAAGAGCAUAUCCCCAUGUUGGCGAAAGUACCUGGGUGGCGGCGGAGCGUGCGCUACGUCACUGCGGCUAUUGAUUCGAAGGCGCCGAAGGAGUUUUUGGCGCUGCAUGAGUUUGCGGCUGUGAAUGGUUUGGGGGGUGCGGAGCAUAAGGCGGCUUGCGAGACGGCGUGGAGGGAGAAGAUUAUGGCGAAUGCCGUGACGGGCAAGACGAGGAGGGUCUAUCAGUGGUAUUACACCUUUGGGCCUGCGCCGCGUGAGCUGUCUACCAUUGCUACGCCGGAGACGGGACGGUGGUCGAGCAAUGACGGUCGGACUAAGACCUUGCCUGAGCCCCGGGCUGCUGUGGAGUCCUUUGUGACUACUCCUGAUGGAGUUGAUCUCCCAUACCGUCUGGAGGGCAGUGGUGACGACAACUCGCCUGUCAUCGUGCUGAGCAAUUCGAUUCUGGUCGACUGGAGUGUCUGGGACGGCUUCGUGGAUAAGUUCCUUUCCAACCCCAAGAACCAGGGCUUCCGUGUUCUGCGGUAUUUGACUCGCGGACGUCUUGAGAACGCCGGCGAGACACCAGUCACCAUCGACGUCCUGGCAGGCGAUAUCAUCACCCUUCUCGACCACUUGCGUAUCCCCACGGCCAGCCUGAUCGGUGUCAGUCUGGGAGGCGUGACGGUGAUGAACACGGCGCUGCUCCACCCCAACCGCAUCAACAAGUUCAUCUCCUGCGACACUAACUCCUCGGCGCCCGAGUCCAACCGCAAGGCCUGGAACGACCGUAUCGCCAUCGCAGAGGCCGAGGGCACCGUGUCCGCGUCUGGUGAGAAGAUUGUCGGUGAGCAGCUGGCCGAGGCCACGACCCGCCGGUGGUUCGUUGACGAGUCAUACACGACCCAGCCUGAGGUCGCCCGGCACGUCAAGAACGUCGUCGUGAACAACAGUCUCGAGGGAUUCCGUCGCGCAGCGCAGGCGCUGUGUGCGUAUGAUGUGCGGGACCGCAUGGCCAAUGCGUCUGUCCCGGGACUGUUCGUCGCAGGUAGCGGUGACGGCGUCCUGCCGCAGACGAUGAAGAAGAUGGCAGAGGAUCUCAAGGGCGAUGCAGAACUCAAGGUUAUCGACAAGGCUGGACACCUGCCUAUGGCCGAGCAGCCGGAGCAGUUUACUGAGGUGGUGAAUGCGUUCAUUCAUGCUUGA